AGGUGGAGGCGGGGGGAGGAAGGAAGAGCAGCAGGGUGGAGGAGGAGGAGGACACCGGCACCAGCGGCUGCCUCCGCCCGGCGUGCGAGCACACGGCAGGCGGGCGUGCACACGCAGCAACAAAGGGACGGACAUUCGCUCGCGCCCUCCCGUCAAAUGAAUGCAUCACAAGGCACUUUUCUGACACGCUUCUGCUUACAUCACUAAGCACCUGCAGAGAUGGAGCUGGAACACUUUGACGAGCGGGACAAGGCGCAGAGGUAUGUCCGGCGGGGCUCUAGGGGGAACGGGCUCCCCAGCCCCACCCGCAGCGCCCACUGCAGCCUCUACCGAACGCGGACGCUGCAGACUCUGAGUUCGGAGAAGAAGGCCAAGAAGGUUCGCUUCUACCGCAACGGGGACCGUUACUUCCAAGGGAUCGUCUACGCCAUCUCGCAGGAGCGCUUCCGAUCACUGGACGCGCUCCUGGCGGACCUCACGCGAGCGCUCUCCGACAACGUCAACCUGCCGCAAGGGGUUCGGACCAUCUAUUCCAUCGACGGGGUGACCAGGGUCACCAGCAUGGAGCAGCUGGUGGAAGGAGAAAGCUACGUGUGCGCCUCCUUUGAGCCUUACAAGAAAGUGGACUACACUAAGAACGUCAACCCCAACUGGUCCGCGGGCGCCAAGACGGUCGCGGUGUCCCCCCGCGACCCGCCCUCCCUCGGCAGCGCCAGGGCCGGCUCGCCGGAGACCCGCGAGAACAAGGACUUCAUCAAGCCCAAGCUGGUCACCAUCGUCCGGAGCGGCGUCAAGCCCCGCAAGGCCGUGCGCGUCCUGCUCAACAAGAAGACGGCGCACUCCUUCGAGCAGGUCAUGACGGACAUCACCGACGCCGUCAAGCUGGACAGCGGGACCGUCAAAAGGCUGUUCACCGUGGAUGGGAAGGCGGUCACGUGCCUUCAAGACUUCUUCGGAGAAGAUGACAUUUUCUUCGCUUGUGGACCUGAGAAGUACCGAUACCAAGAUGACUUCAGUUUGGAUGAAAGUGAUUGCAGGGUGGCCAAGUCUUCGUCCUACGGUCGGCUUCCCACGGUGCACGGUCGCUGUUCUCCAAGAAGCGGCGGAAUGUCUCGCAGGAGCAAGUCGCCCUCCUCAGCGGGCUCGGCCAACGGGACCGCCGGCAGUCAGCUGUCCACUCCUCGAUCAGGGAAGUCCCCCUGCCCUUCCCCCACCAGUCCUGCCAGCCUCAGGAGACAUCAGGGCUCUCAGCACAGCGGGUCUUCGCUGUCGUUGUCUUCCAUCAAAGUUUGCAGCUCCAUGGACGAAGGAGACGGACCCAGCAGCGAAGCGGAGCCCAUGGACGACUACCCCGUCCCCGCUUCCAUAGCGGAGCGGUACAAAGUGGGCCGCACGCUAGGCAGCGGCAACUUCGCCGUGGUUCGAGAGUGCGUGGAAAGAUCCACGGGCAGAGAAUUCGCCCUCAAGAUCAUCAGCAAGGAGAAAUGUAGAGGAAAGGAGCACAUGAUCCAGAGCGAGGUGUCCAUCCUGCGACGGGUCAAACACCCCAACAUUGUGCUGCUCAUCGAGGAGAUGGACACCGGAAACGAGAUUCAUCUCGUCAUGGAGUUGGUCAAGGGAGGCGACCUAUUUGACGCCAUCACCUCGUCCACCAAGUACACGGAGCGUGACGCUAGCUGCAUGCUUUUCAACCUCGCCAGCGCCGUCAAGUACCUGCACGGCCUCAACAUCGUCCACCGAGACAUCAAGCCGGAAAACCUGCUGGUCUAUCAGCAUCCCGACGGUAGCAAGUCUCUGAAACUGGGCGACUUUGGCUUGGCGACCGUGGUCAACGGCUUUCUGUACACCGUGUGCGGCACGCCCACGUACGUGGCGCCGGAGAUCGUCGCCGAGAAGGGGUACGGCCUGAAAGUGGACGUUUGGGCCGCCGGGGUCAUCACGUACAUCCUGCUUUGCGGUUUCCCACCCUUUAAUUGCAGCUCCGAUGACCAGGAAGUUCAGUUUAAAGAAAUCCUGGAGGCCGAGCUGAGCUUCCCCGCGCCCCACUGGGACAACGUGUCCCACUCCGCCAAGGCUCUCAUAGCCGGCAUGCUACAAGUGGACGUGGAGCAAAGACUGUCGGCCGCGCAGGUUCUGGAGCACCCCUGGGUCAACGAGGACGGUACGCCCGAGAACCAACAGCAGCUGCCGGUGGCAGUCAGGAUCAGGAAGAACUUCAACACUGGACCCAAAGGCAGUAGCACAACGGCAGGCGUCAUGGUCAUCACGAACACACCGCUUGACAAGGAACGGCAAGUUUUACGUCAAAGGCCAGAGCAUCCCGCCGCCCAGCCCAACUUCCCGCGCGGGGCCCGCUCCUCGGCGACCGCCGCCCUUUCCCCCGCCGACUUUACCUCCGAGUCGGAGGACUAUUCGCCGGGUUCGGCCGGCACAGUGCGCUCCCCAGUGUCUCCGUUCUGAGCAAAUCCACAAAUUGCUGCUAUCAUCUUUCAGUGUUAUAUCUUCUGCAAUAUUUACCCCCCCCCCCCAAAAAAAAAACUACAAAUGACCUGUUGCCGAUUCCAACGUUUUAAGAGCACACGAAUGAUAAGAUUGAAGUGCAAUUAACGGCGUCACGCCCACAGAAAGCACAGUGUUUGUCGUCGAAAAGCGAUAUGAUGUAGCACGGUGCUUCCAGUCAACUGAAAUUUUGAAUAAUCAUCUUUUCAAGAGCCUUUUUUUUCCCCACAAAGUGCAUGUGUGCAUCUUUGGAAUGUCGUUUGCGUUCACGAAUGUGCAGGAGCUCGCGUCUUUGUACUUGUUUUUAACCCCCAUUUGGUUGCUUUCAAGGGCUGCUAAUAAGAGUUGAAUGAAAUAGCACACCAACGUUAUGAUGUAUUAAAUUUCAUGUACGCAUUAUCGCCAUCGAUAAUCCACGUCGACACAUUUUACAAUGAUGAAAAAUGCCUUUUUAACCGCUAGUUUACGAAGAUUGUUUUCCGGAGUGUCUGCUCGCCAUCCAUUGUGAAAUUAAAACAACAGAGUCCAACUUUUGUCAGGUCAUUUUUCUUUCAAUUUUGAUCAAUUGUAGUGACACCAUUGAAAUUUUGUCAAGUCCAGGGAUGUCCCGAUCACUUGACUGAAAAGCGGGCCAAUCGCACCUUUUUUAGAGGAUCAGGUGAAAAGGAAUGAGUUUUUAACCCCUUCAGACCUAAGCAUGCUGCUGAAUGACAUGACGCGUUUGCGUCUAAUAAAUACACUGAAAUUAGUUGCUAUUGGAACUUCAUGAGUUUCGGCAUAAACUCUUGAGGCUUUUUGGAAAUGGCUCAUGACUAACAUUGUGCUUAACUGCUUCCAAUGUCAUAUUUAUGAAACCGGUGUACUUUUUUCACAGCAAAACAUCUAAAUUGUUAAAUAUUAUACUGUACUAUAACCUAUUACAUGACCACAUCAGGCCUAGUCAAAAUAGACUGGACAUCUAGUGCUGUCAAUGGCAGCCGAUUGGACACGAUGACACAAAAAAGCUCAAAAAGUUCAAAAAAGCUUUAUUUGUAGUUGUUUUUGUUGUAUUUAAAUCAAUAAAAAAUCAAAUGAAAAGUGACUUGUGCUGCUGUAACAAGUUUAGACAGCAGGUGGCAGUAAAAGCAAUUGGAUUAAAAAAAAAAAAAAAAAAAACCAGCAGAAUUUCAAGACAUUUUAAGACUUUUUAAUCAUCCAAAACAGGUGAGGAAAAUAAUUUAAUCAUGAUGACAUAAAUAUAGCACAAACAACAAAAUUAAAUACAUCUAUGAGCAAAUGAAUAUCAUUUAAAGUAAAACUUUUGUGUCUGCAGCUCAUUUGCCACAAACUUUCCUUGCACAAAUAAUAAUAUUAGCUGUAAAUCUUACGGCUUUCCAUGUACUCAAAUUGAUGUUGAGUGUAAU